UCAGCAGCUCAGCGCGCUAGGUCAGGUCGCUCAGUCAGGUCAGCGUGUCCCGCCAGCUCAGCAGGCGUCAGCUCAGCAGCUCAGCGCGUCAGUUCAGGUCGCUCAGUCAGGUCAGAGAGCCGCUCAGCCAGCUCAGCAGCUCCGGUCGUCAGACUGCAGUUGGCCACCAUGCUGUCACCGAAGAUGCAGCGCGGAGUGCGCAUCAACGAUAACCAGCUGCUGAUGCUGGCAGAAAAGGCGCGCUACGACCAGUACAUGUGCGGCAGCCUCUACAAGAGGACGUGCGACAACUCCAAGUGGCAGCUGCGCUGGUUCAACCUCUAUCAGAACAUGCUGUUUUACUACGAGACCGAGUCGAGCAGCCGCCCGUCGGGGGUGAUCCUGCUGGAGGGCUGCUACUGCGAGAGGCUCAUCACCACCGCGGCCAAACCCAAGGACACCGAACCGCUGUACUGUCUGUCAAUAACAUACCGCCGGGAGAACCAGAGGCAGUACGACCUCCGAGCCAACUCUGAGAGCGAGUGCAAGUCCUGGAUAGAGGCUAUCCGACACGCCAGUUUCAACAGGCUCCUGCUUCAAAAGGAGGAGCUGGAACAGAAGCAUCUGCACCUGCUGCAAAUUGUCGAGAGUGAGAAGACGGCGAAAUGGCAGUACUCACAACAAUGCGACGAGCUCACCACAGAAAUAAAGAAGCUUAGAAACGAGCUCUGCAGUCUGAAGAAGGACUGGCGGUUUUUGCCCCGCCAACAGUCCGAGGAGAGCGAAGAGUCUGAUGAAAUAAAGAAGAUAAAAAAGGUGCAGAGUUUCUUUCGCGGCUGGCUGUGCCGCCGGCGAUGGAAACAGAUUGUCGAAGAAUACAUCAAAUCACCGCACGCCGAGAGCAUGCGAAAGAGGAACAGUCUGGUAUUUCGAAUGGUGGAAGCAGAAGAGGAGUAUGUAGAACAGCUAAACAUCUUAGUGACGGGGUUCCUGCGGCCGUUCAAAAUGGCCGCCUCCUCCAAACUGCCGCCGUGCAGCCACGAGGACGUCAACUCCAUCUUCCUCAACUCUGAAACGCUGCUAUUCCUCCAUCAAAUAUUCUUAAAGGGCCUUUCAGCUAGAAUGGAGAGCUGGCCAACCUUAGUGCUGGAUCACUGCCGGCCUAUAUGUGCUCCAUUAGGGGACCUGUUUGACAUGCUACUACCGAUGCUGAGCAUAUACCAAGAAUAUGUUCGCAACCAUCACUACAGCCUACAG